UUGAGGUCCCUUCCAGGCCUACAAUUUCUAUAAUUAUACACAGAGUAGACAGGUCUUUAUUUUUAAAACGAUUUCCUAAAAACUUUUAUACAAACUGCAUGUUCAAUCUAAACUGGCACUUCUGGGGUUUGAACCUGGCUUUCCAUAUUGCCAGGGGAAAGUCUAAACACAGAGUUGGGUUGGUUUAACUAAAGGUGUUACUUAAAACACUUAGUAAAACCAUUGCAAAAAAGGCUGCAUGGACCCUUAGUUUAAGUCAAUAAGGAACAGCUUAAGACAAAGAAAGAAUGUAUAGACAAGGGGCAACACCGGGGGCAACACCAGUUUCAACUGGUGCUCAUUUGUGCAGGGCAAUCACAUACAUGUUUUAAAGCUGCAGUUUAGGUUCACUCAAAUGGACCCUAUUCUAAAAAUAUAAUUUGACUUAUUAACACUCAGACAUUUCUUGAACCCUAGCCUCGAACACCAAGAUCCACACAUAGAAAGGGAAAGAGGGGAAAAUUUUCUCCUAUACUUAAUGGAAGUGGGUUAAAAAAAAAAAUCAAAUGACUGACAGACACUUCAUGUCAUUUAUAGCAGGAUAGCUCCAAAAAGGCCCUAAUCAGACUUAGGUCUCCUAUCAUGCUGGAGAAAUGCAUUUAUAGAUGUGAUCCCUGCACCAAAGAGCUUACCAUCUGCUCUUGCUUUUCAGGUUGGCUGCCUCUCUACUUUGCGAGCCUAGGGCUAUGUUACAUCUUGAUAUUCAGUACCAUGUUUUUCUUUCACUGGAAGAAAGUCAUCCAGCGGGAGCAACGUGCAAAAGCGUGGGUUGAGCUGAUGAGGAGCGAAACAUUCUUCCCCAAUGCAGUAGUUCACUGGGCAAACAAGAGAGCUCAUUAUGGGAUUAAAGCAGAGGUAUGCACUCCUGAGUCCAGUGCCAGCCCAAAGCAACAUGGCAAAAGCUUGGACAGAGAGAACAUCACAGGCAGGGAUGGAGCUUUCUUCCCUUCCCUUACAGGUGUGGGUUCAUACAAACUGGUGUUUCAGGAACUGCCUUAUGCUCGUUCACUCUCCAGCCUCCCACCGCUGCUCCAUCAUUCAACCUCUUAUCCUUUUUCAGCCAUUCCAUCAAGGACCGUUCCAUUCAGCUCUCUUCCUGACUUCGUUACAUUAGGAAAUGGGAGAUGCCACCUCAGUAACGGCAACUCUGCUUGUGAGAUAUAAUUCAUGUCAAACCCAGAGUGGACUGCAUCACUUGUGAUGAAAACCAAAAUAAAACAUGGAAAAAAUUUUUAAAGUCAAACAAAACAAACUGUCACCAGAAUACUUUCAAAGCCAGCUUAAAUGUGUUCUCUUUGUUACUCACAAGACACAUAGGGGCUGCAGUAAAGAUACUUCCCCCUUUGAGUGAAUUAAACCUGAACCACCCCAAUUUCAACUUCCUAUAUGUAGGGGGGGAGGGAUAGCUCAGUGGUUUGUGCAUUGGCCUGCUAAACCCAGGGUUG